AUUCUUUAAUAUCGUUAUAAGUAAGUUUUGUGAUAUGGUAUUCCAAAGAGUACAAUAUUAUUUAUUUAUUCUCUGAUCAUCUCAGAAAGAAGACGGAAAAAUUUUGUUUUGUUUGAAAGUUUUUAAAGAAUUUAAUUUGCAAAAUUACGAGUGCAUGGCAUAAGUGUAUACUACCAAUUGGAGGGAUUGUCAUAGCAAUUAUAAUGGCUUGGAGAAGUCAUGGAGUUAAUAAUGCUGAUAUGAUACGAAACUUACGAGCCAAUGGCAUAAUAAAAUCAGAUACAGUUGCAAAUGCAAUGUCUGCAGUUGACAGAAAAAAUUACUGUCCUUAUGCACCUUACCAUGAUUCUCCACAGUCCAUUGGUUACUCUGCCACCAUUAGUGCUCCCCAUAUGCAUGCCCAUGCUUUGGAGAGAUUAAAAAAUCAGUUAGUACCUGGUGAAAAAGCUCUUGAUGUGGGGUCAGGUUCUGGAUAUUUAACUGCAUGUAUGGCAAUCAUGCUUGGUGAAAAUGGACGAGUUGUGGGCAUUGAACAUAUCCCUGAUCUUGUCACAUUAGCUAAUAAAAAUAUUAAAAAUGACCAUCCAGAAUUGCUAACAUCUGAAAGAAUUAAACUAAUUGUUGGUGAUGGUCGCCUUGGCUACCCUCCUGAAGCACCAUACAAUGCCAUUCAUGUUGGGGCUGCAGCUCCCACCUUACCUCAAGCUUUGGUUGAUCAGUUGAAGCCUGGAGGCAGACUCAUUGUACCAGUUGGACCCGAAGGAGGCGAACAACACCUUACUCAGGUGGAUAAAGCAGCAGACGGCACCACAACAAUAAAGAAACUCAUGAGCGUCAUCUACGUCCCCCUCACUGACAAGAACCAUCAAUAUCGUGAGUGAUGGUGCACACUCUUCACAAUACUUAGUUGCGUAUUGAUCAUUCUGGUUAUCAUUGUCAUCUUUUGGGUAGCUAGAAUAGGGGCAAAAAAAUAAUAGCACAUCAUCAACUAGUCGUAACACUAGAUCUAUACUUUUCAAGAGUGCUGAGUACCUAUAUUCUUGUAACUAUGCAAAAUUAAGUGAAUGUCCUCCACAAAAUAGGACUAACUGAUGUAAAGUUUUCUACGUUUGGCAGAAUGCAAGCAUUGUAAACACGGGCGGUGUUUACAAAUUAAGUGUUGA